GCUCAAUGCUGGUCUAGGACCAUCUCAUUAAACAUAAGAUUAGCAAAGAAAAACAGACACUUCAGUGAGAAAAGAAAGAUUAUACAGAUAGACUCUAAUUGACUCUUGCUGAUAUAAUAAUCUUCUUUGUUGAGGAAUUGAAUUUGUUUGGUUGGCUCAUUUUUGUUUGCGGUUUGCAAGGUCUUGGGACUUGAAAGAGGGAAGGAAUACAUCAUUGAAGGAACCUUGUUCAAACACAUUAAGCUUAAACCUUGUGGCUAAGGCUGAAGCAAAGGUCAAUCUUUAAUCCAAAAGCCACAGGCAACUAUAAGUUUUUUUGAAUGCAUAAGAGGGUGAAUUGCUUAGAGAUAUAUGUUUUCAUUCGUAUAACCAAAAGAAUGCUGUGACUAUGAGUUAUAUCCAAACAAAGCUGGUUUAAUCCAAAAGCUACACUCAACUAAGAUUUCUUGAACGUAGGAGAGUGAAUUGAUUAAUAGUUAUAUAUGUUUUCAUAUUUAUAACAAAAUAAAUGCUUUGGUUAUGAGUUAUAUACAGCUAUGGUCAAAUUUGAAUUCCUUGUUUGGUAUUAGUUCUCAGGCUUGGUCUUGUCCCUGUAAUAGUGUGGUCGAAGAGGCAACUCUUUUUCACCGUUAAUGGUAGAAGGAGUCUGUUCUCAUUGUGGUUAAGUGAUUGGAUGAGUGAUAGGGUAAUGUAGGCUCCAAAUGAGUGAGCUUAGGUGAUACUAUAUCCGUAUCCUCAUAUCACAAGUGGUUGAAGUCUCUGUUGAGACAUUGUGGUUACAAUUUGAUUGUACAAACCCUUUGGUGAAUGGAAAAGUUGAUGUUGAAUUAAAAAAAAAAAAAAACAAAAUAUUUUGGUCUCCCUAAAGUUUACAUGUGAUGUGUAUAAUGAUAUCUCCCGGUCUUAACCGGUUAAUUUGGUCAAAGUAUGUGUCAAACUAAACCGGUUCUCUGUUCAUCUUAACCAAUAAUUUGGCUGAUAAAACCGGAUUCUCUGCUUUUCAUAUCUGACGAAAAUCAUAUCUGAUGACAUGUCUCUCAAACCUUGUGGCAAAGUUCAAGCCCUCCAGUGUGACUUAUCACCAAUCUUCAAUCCAAAAACCGGUUUAAGUUGACCCAGUCUCUGACUAAAUCAACACAUAGAAUCAGAAGGGUUUCCGGUCCUCUGCUCGUCUUAACCAAUGAUCACUAAAGUGAUCAAAAGGGUCAUCGUAGCUCCAGCGGUGGAGGUUUGGAGAUGCAAAAGGGUCAUCGUAGCUCAAUCGGUGGAGGAUUGAUCGACGGAAAGGCGACAAACCAUCCAUUGUCGACGACAACUUUAUCCCGUCGCCGGCAGAAACUGGAGAAGGAGUUUCCUUAUUGCUUAAUGGGCCGCCUAUUAGUAUAUGGGCUAUUAAACUUUAAAUUUUGUACAUUCAGGCCCAUCGAGCCCAUGAUGAGUUGUCAGUUUCGGAGUUCAAAAGCAGUUAGCUUUCUUUAUAAACAAGAAUCAAAAGCUUCCGAGUCCCGCCCAAGAAAGAAGGAAGACGAGAGAGAAGAACAAGAAACCAAGGAAGACGAGAGAGAAGACGAAGACGAAAAAACAAGAAUCUGCACUUGGAGCCGAGUUUUCUCCGACGAUGUCGCUUCACGAUUCUGAUUCCGAGGAUAUACGAGAACAUGAAGAUCGUACCGCACCAUCCGAAUGUGAUCUAGCACACGCAAUACCGCAUGGAAGUUCAGACCUUGCCUUAAAAAUGAGCCUUAUGGAAAAACGCUUGGGGUCUAUGGAGCUUUUGCACAGAGAUAAACCAGCUAACUAUGUGGUUGUAGAAGCUCUUGAAGGAUUGAAUCUUCAUAUUCAACACUUUGCUGGCAAGAAAACUAGCAUCUUCAUACCAAUCAUCAAGGCUUCUCUCUCAAACUACUGUACUCUUCAAGAAAUGCAGAAGACGAUGCUUCUUACAGUGGAAGCGUAUUUUACAAGUCUCUUUGUUAAUGACAAGCUUGGACGUCAGGUGUAUGAGGUGUGUUCUCUCUAUUCGGAAAUUGUUAGAAGAGAUGAGGCAAAUAAGGAGGCCACAGCAAAGGAGUUAGUUGCAGUAGCUGUCAAGUCUAUUGAAGCUGCUCUUGAAUCAAAAUCCCUUACCAACCAGACAAUCAGACAGGGGAUGAAGGGCAUGAUAACAUGUCUUUCCAACUUCUAUACCCGGGAAAAAAUGUUGGAAUAUAUGACUUCUUCAACGGGAUUAACAGCCAAACAGGCGGAACACCUUUUCAAUCGUCACACUGGAAAUGAUGCGGUGAGGCGUGAGGCUUACCAUAAGAGAGCCGCCAUGUCUGCUGGCAUUCAUGCGCGAGAAAAACAAGCAGCUGCUGAACCGGCGAAAGGAGGUGAUCCGGUUCCAGAAAUCAUCAAGGGGUUAGAAUGUGAUCUGAAAGCUCUCGCCAACCAGAAAAUCCAAGUCAUCUUUCAAAGCCUCAAAACCUGUCUCUCACAGUAUUAUACGCUUGAAGAAAUGAAGACACACAUGUCUGCUGCAGUGGAACAGUACUAUACAAGUUUGUUUGUGGAUGACAAGCUUGGACGUGAGGCAUAUUUGGAAAAAUCUCUCCGUCGUGCACCUGCUAGAAGACAUGAGGCAGAAGAAGCAGCAGCACUUUUGCAAUCUGAGGAAGAGGCUAUGGCCAGUAAAUUGGCUUCACAAGUUACCAAAGAGCUUCAAGAUCAUAUUGAAACCAACAAUGACCAGGGAUCGAGAAAGAUGAUGGAAUGCAUGAUAACGUGUCUGUCAAGUUACUUUACUUUGAAAGAAAUGCAGAUAUACAUGAGUUCGAGGACUGACUUUCAGGCAACAUCUGUGGAAAUAUGGUACACAAAACAACUUGCUCAAAGGGAUCCGGCGGCACAUGAGGCCUAUGUGGCAGUCUCGAGCCGUAUGGAGUCUUUGAGAGCACAACAACAACAGCAUGCAAGUACUUCAUAUUCUGGUGGAGAGGGGAAAUGACUAAAGAAUCUGAGGGUGUAGUUGUCUGAAGCUGUUGGAGUUUUAGAUUGUGUGGAUGGCUAAAAUGUUUGUACUCCGUUGAUCACUACUUUUCAGUUUGCAUAUCUUGUGUUGUUUGGAUCAUGCUGCUUAUAAAGUUUCUCUGACUUUGAUGAAUUGUUCUAAGUCUGAGUUGUUUUGAUUGGUUUAUUCUUAGGUGUAAGUCUGAAUUGUGCUUGCAUGACUUUAUUACAAGAGCAUUCUCAAGUUAGCCAGAUUAAUUAUUAGGUGUACUCGUUAGAUUCCUAUCAACCUCUAAUUACAAUUAAAUAUCGAAUUGCAACAACAGACAAUUUUUUUUAAAAAAUUUGAUGGGUCAUGUUUUUCUUUGUAAGCCUUUUGGCAUUCAAAUUACAACAACAUAAGUAACUUGUUUAUCUAAAAUGAACAAGAAAGAUUAAUUUACCACCAAAUAAGCCAAUAUCAGAAAUUGUUUUGGGCAUAACGGAGAUUUUUAUUUUAUUGUAUUCCCUUCUAAAGUUCUAGUGAUAAAAACACAAAACUGUACGCAAUGGUCUUUCUUGCUUUAUGCAGACAUAUAUAAUCAAGUUGUUUUUACAUUGAGUAAAAUUUAAAUAUAGCACUCAAAACAAAUACUUUCUCCCUUCCUAAUAAAAGAAUGGCAUAUUAUAGAAUGGAAUUUCUUUUCAAUUAGGCAAAAUGAGAUAUAGUUUUAACUAAAGUCACACAUCUUGAUAAAAAUAUUAGUCCAAAACAAUAUAUUGAACUUAAAACAGCUAGCAAUUAUGGGAAAUAUCAAACAAAUAUAAAUCAGUAAAAUUAUAGUGAACAUGAUGAUUAGUAUUUUCUAUAGUGACGUGGCAGAAUAACAUUUUUUCAUUGGUUGGAAUUUUCAUGCAAAUGUGGACACUCUUUAUGCUCACCAUAUUUUCCUUUUAGUAUUGUAAGAUGGGUGAAAAAUUUUUGGAAGAGGUCUCCAUCUGUGUUGCAUGGAAUCGCCACUCAGGCUCUGAUUCCUGACUCCGAACCGGAAGCGGUGGGAAGCGCUUGGAAUCACAACAGAAACGCGGUUCCCAAAAAACGAUGAUCAGAAACGUGGAGGAAACGUACGUUUCUGAUUUGGAAGCGGCAACAUGUUAAUCGGAAACGUGAUCUGUAUUUUCAAUGGCCGAUGGUUUAUAAAACAACAACAUCCACAAUGAAGAAGCUUACGUGUCCACGUAUUUGUUCUUUUGGUUUUAAUUUUUAAGGCUUAACCAAUUUCUUUUAGUCAUCUAGGUUCAAUUUGGUUUUAUUUCUCACACAGUAUUAGAACUAGAACUAAUAUUGUAAAAUUAUAUAAACAAAACAUUAGAUAAAAUAUAUUUAAUGUUCUGCACAAUUUUAUUUAUUAAAUAACUUUGAGUCACUAAUAGUCUAUUUUUAGUUCGGAAGAUCUCUUUUUUUUUUUGAAAAAGGCUUUAAUUUGGAAGAUCCUAAUAAUAAAGAAUUAUGCUUGCAAAUAUAGUAGUAAGGAGACGGGGCUGAGGCACCAACAUGUUUCAGGUUCGAUCCACCUGUUGCGCGAAACUAAGUCACAAUUAUCCUGGUCACCUAACAUGGAUAUGGUCCCAUGCUUUAGAGCCCAUUUAAAUGCCCGGAGAGAGGGUCUAUCCGUGGGCUGCACCUUCCUUUGGAGAUUAGUCUGAGCCUCUCCAUGGGCCUGAGAUACCCCAAGGUUAAUCAAAAAAAAAAAUAUAAAUAUAUAUAUAUAUAUAUAUAGUUUAAAGAACAUAAGAGGUGACACAUUUAAAUUUUUAGAAUAUUAGGUACGUACUGAAAACUUAGUUUAAUAAAAAAACAUAGUUAAUUAAUUAUGAAUAUCAUUGAUGGAGUUUGUGAAUAUAAACAUGAAGAUAAAAAUUUAUAUAUUUGCUCUUGAACAUAAUAAAUAUUUGAUCUUGAACAUAAUAAAUUCAUCUUUUUAUUAAGCUAUUCAAUAUUAAUAUUUUACAUGAUUUUAAAAACUAUACAUAAAUUUAUAUAUAUAUAUAAACGCUUCCAAAACGUAUCCGCUUCCUAAAUAUUUUUAAAAAUUCGCUUCUACGUUUCCAAACGCUUCUGCUUCCACAUAUCUGCUUCUUAUUCCAUGCAACGUAGGUCCCCAUUAAUCAAGUGUUGUUUUUUUUUCCGUCAACAGAUUUUAUAGUUGAAUUCAACACAACACCAACGGUAACAGAUCCUUCCGUGGUCAACUAAACCGGAGGAAAACAGAGAUAUCCCCGGAACCUAGAACCCACACAGGGGCAGCAUACAAGAACAAACGUUACUACACACUUAAACAAGUAAUUAACCUUCCAAACCACUAGAACAAGACUAACAAAUACAGGGAGACUAUCAGAUAGAGCAUAUGUGGCAGCUGCUUAGUGGGAAUGCCCUCGGCCAAACCACCGCUAAAACUCCUCCUCCUAGCACUCUGAGGAAACACCUCAAGGACCCACCAACCAAAACUUCAUAAACCGGCAAGUAAAGAUUCUUACUAACACUCCUGGAAGCGGCUUGAUCUACGACGAUCAUAGAAAGCCUAGGUAUGAAGCGACAUCAACAACAGAUCUCCGCGAGAUCUAAACGAACAGGCCAUGAACGGCAUAAAAGUGGACAGAUGGAAGCCAAAUCAAACUCACUGAGGAUAGUCAACACCUGCAAAAAGAGCCCAGUCCAGAAGCAAAGGAUACCCGCAACAACAACAUAACCAACAGAUCUAGAAAAAGAUUCAAGUAAAAAAGCUUUGUAGCUAAACCACACCGUCAAUCCAUAGAUCCGGAACUUUUGAAACCAAAUCCAUCCUAAAUCUGAAAGCCAAAAGCGAUUUGGUAAAAGCGAAUCUCCUCUGAAAAUGAAAGUAAAUCACACACCGAUGAGCAACAAGGCAAGCAGAGGACGAAGGAAGAGAUUUUGACCGGCGCCAGCGCUGAAGGAACUGCCACGCGCCGAUCAAAAGAGAAACCAGAAAAAGGUUGAAGAGGGAGGCGGCGAGAAUUUGAGUUCAAUUUUUAUAGUUCCAUAUCUAACCAGAUUUUUUAACGGGCUAGAAAGAAGACACAUUAAUUUAUAAGCUUAAUUUUUUUAAAUAUUUUUUUUAAUGUUUUUAAAUAUAAAAAUUGAACUCAAAUUCGCUCUUAAACUAUAGAAAUUACAUCUGAACAGAUUUUGCCUAAAGCAAGUUUCUGAACAUUUGGAACUGUAACAUUUCUAACAUUUUGCAGACAGUAAAAGUAGGAAACAACAUUCAGACAAAAGAUGCAAGAAAUCACUCUUUAGAAAAACAGGAGGAAGCAAAAUCAAAAGAGUUUAUUUCUGGUUUAGUUCAAUUUGUUUUUUGGAUAAUCUCUAGAAUAGAAAAGAGUUUUCAUUACUAAAAAGAAGAGUUUUCAUGAUAACAUUAAUGCGAAAGAAUGUCUUCGGUAAACCGGAAGCCAGCCAUGGCGAACCAAUUCCAAAAUUGUCGGCAAAAUAAAAAAAAAUGUUUUAUUUUAUCGUUAAAGAAUUUUUUUUUUAAAUAUUUUGUUAAGGUUUUAAAAUGUCAACGCCUACCCAUGUUUUUGGUUUAGUUUUAAUGCUUUUGAUUGUUGGUCAUGUUUAGUUUCUUAAACUCUCUAUGUUCUUUAAUAUCUUCGGUGUUCUUAUAACAGUUCUUUAAUACCAUACUUCAUCUUGAAGAUCCUGUAAAUUUGUGAUGCUUAUUGUAACAAAUUACAAUCCAACACAGUCUAAGACUAAACCGGUUUAACCAUAUUGUAAUAUUUUUAAACGGCCAGCCUAUCGGCCCACUGAAGCCCAUGACACGCUUUCCCUCUGGAUUUGAAUGUAGUCUCGAUGUUCUUUUGGAGUUGCAAUUAGUGUUUUAUGUUGUGUGAUCAAUGUUACUCUAAUAUACUGCAUAUAUAAUAAUUAUCACUCACAUAAAUUAUCAUCCUAGAUCAUGCUAGCAACUAAAAGCGAUCAUAGGAAGAUUGAGAAAGGUCUAGCCUUUAGAAUUUAAAGAAACACGAGACGAACAAAGGGAUGAGCGAUUCAGUGGAGGAGCCGAGGAGCUAGACAAGAUCAAAGAUGUUUGUUGUUUCAAUGUUCUUCGAGGCGAGAGACCAUAGUGCCGAUUAAAAAUUUAGAUCAAGAAAAUACUAUUUGGGCUUAUAGACCCAUUAGCAAGCUCAUUUAUAUAUUUUUCUUCUGUCUUUCAGUUUCUUGAAAUAAGAUUGAAAUUAAAAUAUGUCUUCACAUUCGGCUGUUGUUUAAUUUCAUAUCAAUUUUUUUUUUGCUUUUCGUUUUUUGGGUGUUAAGAUAAAAUUGUUUGGGUUUAGUGAAAUUCGAUUUAGUUGUAGUUUUAAUAAAACUAGGUAAUUACCCGCGCUAUGUUGCGGGAUUUUUCUUUAUUUUAUUAUAUUUAAAUGAUUAUAAAAUAUUUGAAAAAUAUAUAAGUCUAUCAAUAUAAGUUAUAAGUUUUUAUUCUGAUAUUUACUAUUGUAUAUUUUUACAUUUUUAUCGUCAUUUUAUGUUAAAUACUAAAAUAUUAGAGAAUGAAUUGAUGAAAUUUGAUGUGAUUUAUUAGAAUGAUAAAUAUCAUUGUAUAGUCAUUGAUAAAUUUGAUGUGAUUUUUAUGGUCAUUUUAUUGUUUAUUUUGACAUUGAUUUUGUUAGAUUUCGGUAACUUUAAAAAGGUAACAUUCGAGAACAUUUUCUAAAAGAAUACUUUUUUAUUCUUCUCUUUAGCUUUAAAAUCAUUCUCUAAUUUUAUUAUUAUUAAGUAACAGAAAGAAGAUAAGGGUUCUACAGUUUUUGACAUGGCUGAUUUAUUUAACUAUUAUAUUUUGUUUGGUUAGUUUUUAGGAAUUCAAAUGUGCAUAUUUUGUUUUGUUAAUAAAUGGAAUGAAAAUUCCAGUCUUUUUGUAUUGGAGAUUGUUUAAGAUCCCUUUGUAAAUGAUAUUUUAAUGUUUGACCUUGUUUCUCUGCUUGUUUCAUAACUUUAAAUGUGUAGUCACACCAUUAUCGUAUAUCAUUCUAUAACUUUGUAUGGGUACAAUACACACUCAUUUUUCAUCAAACCACAUAAGUCACACCAUUUAAAGAGGUUGUUCAUUACAAAAUAUGUCACUACCAUCGUCCACCCUUCUCUUUCUCAACGACCAUUCCUACUACACGAAAUUAUAGCAAAACUCACCAACAUCAUGAAUUCAUAAGAUCAUAUCCAAAGAUAAGUAAGGAAGCUACCAAAAAAAUUGUUUAUUGUUAAGAAAUUUUAAAAUAGUUUCACGUUUACUUGGGUAUUUGCUGCCUCCGUAAACAUUCCGAUAAGGCUAUCCUCAUAAUGAUUCGUUGGUAGUCUACAAUCUUCAAACCCACGAGAACUUAUAAGGAACUAUGUUACAUAUAAGCAACAUAACUUUACAAAUAUGUUGGUUUUGAUGCUGACAUCUUCUUGAUUUUUGUUAUGCUAGCCUCCACAUUGUUCGUAAUCAUCACCCCUUGUAAAAAAUAUAUUGAUUCAGUAACCAUUGUUCUCUUAACCUAUUUGAUUUAUUCCACUGUUCCAUUUUUGUCUUCUCUCUUCCCCUACACCCGAUCACUAAGCUCAUUCCUCGUUUUGUUUUCUUUGAUGAUAUUUGUCUCCUACUUUUUUUAGGUUUGAUUAGUUUUUAAAAAUUUAUAUGUGCAUAUUUAUCUUAAUGAAUGGAAUGAAAAAAAAACUGUUUUUUUGUUUGUAGAUUGUUUUAGUCUGUUAACAACAUUCUUGAUUUUUGGCAUUGUUUGUUUUCUUCACUUCAAUUGCCCGAGCAUACUAUAAUGUUCUAAUCAUAUUCUUAUAAAAAUUGUAGACAAGAACGUCUCAUCUAUUUGGUUUUUAAAUUUAAAGUGAUAGAGCAAGGAGAGAACAUGGCAUCAAGUAGAGCCUCUAAACCCUCUAAAUGUGAUCAAUCAUACAUGAGCUUCACACUGAAAACAGAGUAGUCUUAUUGUUGUAAUUUUUACCUUCACGAUCUUCAUAUUUCAUUCAACUUCUGUCCUACAUUUUGUUGUGAUUUUGGCUUGGCCUCUUCACUCACACAUGGCCAGCUCUUCUCUUUCUCACUCUGUUUUUGUUCACUCACUCUCUUUUUUUCUACUUGUGUAUCAUCACAUAAGCACACACUCACACUCCCUUUAAUCUCUCAGGUUUGUCUUUGUUCUUGUAGAGAGAGAAGAGAGUCUAUCUUUAAUUGUCUACAUUGUUCUUUCUCCAACUAUUUUUCUUUUUA